UUCAGAUGGGGAGCUAUCGGUCCAAAAAAGUUUUUGACCAAUCGUGGAGGGCUGAUUUCAUAAUUGGAAUAGAAAUGUUUGGAAUACUUUUACAUUAUAGCGCUCUGGUAGCUAUCUGAAUCAUUUAGAUGAGCGACAAAAUAAUUUUAUUUAAAUGGCUGUUUCAUUAUGUGGUGUCGCAAACGGACCAAAUAUAGAAGGCGACUUUAUGCUGGCUGGGCUACGCAGCGUGCAUCGACCGACCAGUUUUCGCUCCGGCUGCCCGGGCGCCACAAGGACAGCAGCAGGUCUCCUCGCCACGUCUUCCAGCGCAAUCGCCUCCAUGACGUCAUGUUGGGCUGCCCUCUGGGAUCAGCAGGAGCAGCAGGUGGCAACUCCAGCCUCCUGCCGUGCUUGUGGCUCCGUGCCAGGACCUGCGGCCACUCUGUGCUACGGCGAAGCUGCAGAAACUGCUCGACGCCUGAGAAUCGCACGCAGCAGCACAACUAGCGUCAUUGAGGAGGUAAUGUAUGUGGCCCGACCUGCCGGCCUGCUGCCCUUCGGUGACGCUGCGGUGGCUGCUCGACGCCGAAGAAUCGCACGCAGCUGCAGCGCCACGAGCAGCGCUCACUUCGCCAAGUGCAUCACAUGCUGCAGCUGUUGCGCCUCGAGGGACCCAGCGUUGCCGAAGGAGGUCACGUGGACUUCUGUCUCUCUAGAGAGAGUCCGCGCACGUGGCCAGGACGUUCAUGUUAACGCUUUUGGUUUCGUGAUCCGUCACUUUUUGUUCUUCUACUUUUUUUAAUAUAUCAAUAAAUAUGGUUUUGAUUGUCUA